UCCCUCCAGUCCCCAUCACUAUUUGUUUGGUGAUUCUGUUUAGAGAGAACUAGAUUCUUUCGACACCUUCUUUUUUUCAACCCCCCCAAAGGUAUCCCUUUGUGUUUGUGCAUCGUCACCAACACAACUCCACCAAACCAAAUCAACCACAGAAUCAUCACCCAAGAUGCCGCCCUCCGCCUCCAAGCAGAAGCGUCUCGCCGAGAAGGCCGCCAAGGCCAACAAGGGCAAGGCCGCCAAGGAAGUCGAGCUCGAUGCUUUUGGCAAGCCCGUCGUCUCGGAUGAGCCCGCUACCAAGAGCGAGCAGAUGGACGAGGUCAAGCGCCUCGCCCAACAGAUGGACAAGCACGGUCUCUCCGAUCGUGUCACCACCGGUGUCUUGGCCUCCACCAAGGCUUCCAAGGACGUCAAGAUCACCUCCGUCUCCCUCGUCUUCCACGGCCGCGUCCUGAUCAAGGAUGCCACUCUCGAGCUUACCCUCGGCCGCAGGUACGGUCUUUUGGGUGAGAACGGUUGCGGCAAGUCCACCCUUCUCAAGGCCAUCGCCGCCCGCGAGUACCCCAUUCCCGAGCACGUCGACAUCUACCUUCUCAACGAGGGUGCUCCUCCCAGCGAGCUCGGCGCCCUUGACUGGGUUGUCACCGAGGCCAAGAACGAGUUGGCGCGCCUCGAGAGCGUCGCCGAGAAGAUUCUUGAGGAAGAGGGCCCCGAUUCGCCCCUCCUCGAGGACCUCUACGAUCACAUUGACAAGAUGGAUCCCUCCACCUUCGAGACCCGCGCUUCCCUCAUUUUGACCGGUCUCGGUUUCAACAAGCAGACCAUCCAGAAGAAGACCAAGGACAUGUCCGGUGGCUGGCGUAUGCGUGUCGCCCUCGCCAAGGCCCUCUUCGUCAAGCCCACCCUCCUCCUUCUCGACGACCCUACUGCCCAUUUGGAUCUCGAGGCCUGCGUGUGGCUGGAAGAAUACCUCAAGAAGUGGGACCGUACCCUCGUCCUGGUUUCUCACUCCGAGGAUUUCCUCAACGGUGUCUGCACAAGCAUGAUCGACAUGCGCCUCCAGACCCUCAUCUACUAUGGUGGUAACUACGACACCUACCACAAGACCCGCGCCGAGCAGGAGACCAACCAGAUGAAGGCCUACCAGAAGCAGCAGGACGAAAUUGCCCACAUCAAGAAGUUCAUUGCUAGCGCUGGUACCUACGCCAACUUGGUCCGUCAGGCCAAGUCUCGCCAGAAGAUUCUCGACAAGAUGGAGGCCGACGGCUUCAUCCAGCCUGUCAAGCAGGACAGAGUCUUCUCCUUCCGCUUCGCCGAUGUCGAGAAGCUCCCUCCUCCCGUUCUGUCCUUCGACAACGUUACCUUCUCGUACUCUGGCGACCCCAAGGACGACCUGUACCGCCACAUCGAUCUCGGUUUCGACAUGGACUCCCGUACCGCUCUUGUCGGCCCCAACGGUGUUGGCAAGUCCACCCUGCUCCGUCUCAUGACCGGCAAGCUCUCCCCCACCGAUGGUGUCGUCCAGCGCCACACCCACUUGAAGCUUGGUCUCUACUCCCAGCACUCUGCUGAGCAGCUCGACCUGACCAAGUCGGCUCUCGACUUCGUCCGUGACAAGUACCCCGACAAGUCUCAGGACUACCAGUACUGGCGCCAGCAGCUUGGCAAGUACGGUCUCUCCGGUGAGGCCCAGACCUCGCUCAUCGGUACCCUUUCCGACGGUCAGAAGUCCCGUAUCGUCUUUGCCCUUCUCGCCAUCGAGUCCCCCAACAUGCUCUUGCUCGACGAGCCUACCAACGGUCUCGAUAUCCCCACCAUUGACUCGCUUGCCGAUGCCAUCAACGCUUUCACCGGUGGUGUUAUCGUCGUUUCUCACGAUUUCAGACUUUUGGACAAGAUUGCCAAGCAGAUUCUCGUGUGCGAGAACAAGACCAUCAAGCAGUGGGAGGGCAGCAUCUCGGAUUACAAGAACUACCUGCGCAAGAAGAUGAUCAGCGCCGGUGCUGUCUAGAGGAAUUUCAAGGUCUCUGGAAAAGCGCGGGAUGAUAGUCAGGUUGUUGGUUCAUGUAAUUUCGGCGUUCUUUUCUAAUUUACUCGGGCACGUCUUUUCUUCUUUUCUCUACUUAUAGACUGGAAACUUGAUCGUGGGGCUGGAUGGGAUUUUGGUGUGAUCAAAAAGGUGGUGGCUUGAAGGCUGAUUGGGUUAUGGCUAUGAUGACUCUGUUCAUAUGGGAAUGAACACAAAAGCUGAAAGAUUUGAGCAUGGCCAUUUGCGUUGAAGUGUUGUGAUUGAAGUGGUUUAUGGAUUGUUGGUUGGAAAUGAUGAUGCGAUGUGUUUAUUGAAUGAAUAUCACUGGGUCACGCUCUGGUUUAGGAUGAGGUACCUGCCGUACAUAGGUACAUAGACCAUCAACUUCAUCAGGUCAGUAGGUAUUUCUAGGGUAUCAGGGAAUUUUGAUAGACAUGUUACAUGUUGUUUCUAAA